UUUAGUGCGAGCACGCUCUCUUAUCUUUUUUAUUUUAUUUAUUUCACGACUACACAUAUUUCUUACACACUUUUGCACACAUAGAAUGAAUAUGCUUCGCUCUUCGGGCCCAUCAAUUGAAAUAGUACUGGACAAGCCUGAGCUCCUGGUGCGGGGGUCGUUUGACGAGGCCUCGCCGACCAUGCUCAGCGGCAAGCUGGUGGUGCAUCUGAACGAGCCGAUCCGUGUAAAAUCGCUCAAGCUCGUAUUCACCGGUCGCGUCGACCUGUUUCUCAACCAGACACUGAUUGGCGGCCCAGCAUCCAAAGACGAGCACCGCGAGAUCCUCACACACACAUGGCAGUUCCUGGAGCCGCAGCGGACCAGCAAUUAUUUUGACCUGCUUAUUCCAGGCGACAACCCCGAGACAGUCCUGACGACGCUGGGCAAGGUCCGGUACCAGCUGACGGCGAUGCUUGAGCGGCCGUCGUUCCACGUCAACCUGACGGCAUCGCGCGACGUGCCGAUCAAGCGCGGGCCGAUGCCGGGCGCGCCGUGGGCGCUGGCGCUGAUGGAGAGCAUCGAGGCGGCAGGCGAGUGGGACCAGCAGCUAGACUACCGGGUUUCGGUGCCGACGAGGUCGCUGAAGGACGGCGAGCUGUUCCACACCAGGUUCGAGUUGGAGCCGCGUGUCAAGGGCAUGAAGCUGAUUGCGGUGGGGGUGCUGAUCAAAGAGUACAUCCGGUACUAUGGUGCCGACGGACAGGCGCUGCACAAGCUCUCCCGGGUGAUUGCGCGCAACGAGAACUACCUGGAUCCGUCAGGCAUGUGCAGCACGAUGGUGCGCAGGGCGGACGACUGUAUGGAUCUUAUGGACGCGACCAGCGUGCAGAUCCCGCUGGCAGUUCCCGAAGCGUACGGCGGGACGCAGUACGACGUGAUGACGGACCUGAUUGAGAUCCGCCACCGGAUCAAGUUUCUGAUCAAGAUCCGCGACCCGUUCUUGCUAGUGCACAGCAUCUUCAUUGCGGUGCCCGUCUCGAUCAUGCCGGUCACUGCACGUGACGACACAAAUAUCCUGCCGCGGUACGAGGCCGCAUUGCUCAACCCGGGCACAAUCAUCAUGCGUUCAAGCACACAGCCGCCGUCAUACGACGCGAUUGCCAGUUCUGAGGAAGACGAGGUUUUGCUGGAACUGGCGCGGCCGACGCCGCCGGCAAUCAGCAGGCAGCUGUCGGUAGAGCCGAGAAUCGAGGUCAACGGAUUCCCGAAUUCGCUGCAGCGGACAGGGUCGCAGUUUUACCUGGCGUCGCCCGAUAGCUCGCCUAGGAUGAGUCCCGAAGAAGAGGCCACUGUGCCGCUGGGCGACAUGUCCAGUGACGAUAUCCCGCUGGCGCUGACAGCGGAGGUGAGCAAGAGACUGUCGAUUACCGAGGCUCCCGACGGCGGCAUCAUAAUUGCUGUGCCGCCACUACCGCCAUCUGCAGAUGCUGUGCCGGCAAGCGGCCCGGCGCCGAUAGACAGUGUUUCGACGAACCCAUUCAUCAACCGAGCCAAGGCGCGUAUGGGUGCAGGUGAACUGCCCGCGGCAGAUUGCAGCGUGUCUUCUCCAAGCGGCCCGCUCCCAGCGCCCUCCUCGCGUGUGCGCCGCGCCUCGGUCGCCUCCAGU